CAUAGCCUGUGAUUCUCUCACAGGCCGGCGUUUCGUCAGGUUUCUCUUCUGCGCGAACUGAUUUGCCAAGAGUCGUGGGUGUCUGGGAAGAAAACACCCCUGCCCGCAUCUUGAUUCUCCACUUCUGCUCAAAUCUGCAGGCCACACCCUUCUCACCGCCAACCCCAGUAUAUCGUCCCGAUCGAGUAUGUAUUGUACCCCUGAUCUGAUGAGGAAUGCCUUUGACAAGCCUGGCCUGGCAUCUUUGCCUGCUGAUGGGGCCUUCCUCGGCUUCGGGAUGCGGUGGAGAUAUGGCACUCGGAUGAGAAGCCGUCCGCACUUCCCCAUACUCACUUCACUAGGCCUCCGACUCUUCCCGUUGCCGCUGAAAAGCAUUGCCUUCCCAAUGGAUCAAACUGUCCUGCUCACAGCACACGAAGACGACCCACAGCAAGAGGAACAUGGCGGCGGUUCCGUUCGGUGUCAAUUGCCGGGCUCGGCAAGUCUGGACCUCGGUCGCCACAGGCAAAUCGAUUGCAAGUCUGGACCGGGGAGCAGCAAUCCAUCUCCAACAUCACACACAGUUCGGGAUCUCGGCAGCAAAACCGGGCCAACGGCGACUCUCUCUGUAUCAAUUGCUCGUGGGCUGGCCAUUGCUCAGUGGCACAGACUAACAACGUCCGUCCGUCAUCGACUCAUCAUAGAUAGGAUGGACCACUUGCUGGUCGCCCUGGCCUCAUCGUCUGCCCGGCCUAUCAGACGCAGAUACAAUCCGACACACAGCAGCAAAUCAUCACCAGUAAAACCACACACGCUGAUGCAAGGCCAACAUUGCAUGGACAUACCUGGAUUCGCUUGCAUCCACCACUGUAUCGCGGCUGCAGAAGAAGGCAUCCGGUUUCUAGUACAACAAAGAUAUACAACCCGCCGGAUCUCUUAGUCCUAGCUUGCUGAACAAACUACCAUGUAGUAUGCCUCAACAAAGCUAUUGUCGCCGUAAUACACAUGGCCCAUGGCUAGCUCGCCAUCGGAGAGACAGCCAUUCCACUUGUUACCGGUCAGCCAUUGAAAACCGUUCUGAUCAUGGCCCAGGCAGCGUGUUCUGGAGAGCAUCAACACCCAAGUUUGUCAAC